AUGGACUCAACACCGACGGCUCCUGGCCGUCCCCGAAGACGUGCCAUAGAGGCCUGCACAUUCUGUCGGAAGCGCAAGAUUAAAUGCAAUAACGAUCAACCCACAUGUGCCAACUGCAAAACUUACGGAAAAGACUGUGUUUACGAACCUCUGUCGGCUCCCUCCUCAACUCAACCAGUCACCCCUCUGGGCCCAGCAAGCAGUUCCGGCCACCAUCGCCGAAAGCGGCGCCGAACGACGGAGCCGCCGGUACGCACAACUGGCGCUGAUUCGGCCCACCAGCAUGACGGGUCUGGCAGUCGGGCCCACAAUGAAAACGCAACUGAGGCCCCGUCGCCAGAACCCUCGCAUCAGGAUGGGAUUGAGCCGUCGGUCCAUCAGGUUGCCGAUGGGCCACGGGAUCCGUUGUCCCAGUCCAAGGCCACCUCGGCCGGCCCCCAACGUCCUGGCGUGUCCCGAAUGGUGCUAUCCGCCAAUGGCGUGUCGAGCUAUCAUGGACGCACCAGUACUUUGUUUGAAGAAGCUAUUCAUGAGCGUGCCGCCGCAGCUGAGUUGGUCCAACGGAUGCCCGAUGAAUGGAUCGAGAAGGGACUUGUUGCUGAAGCCGCGAAACAAUCCCAGUUAGAAGAGUUCAAUUAUCGCGCCGGAACGUUGGACUUUGACGGUGUGGAUCCCGAACUGGGAAUGCAUCUCCUGUCUCUGCACUGGAACCGGCAGCACCACUCGUUCUGUAUCACAUACCGGCCAGCCUUCAUGAGGGAUAUGGCCUGCGCAGGUCCGUACUUCUCCAAGAUCCUUCUCAACGCCAUCUAUUUCGGCGCCUCCAAGUUCAGCCCCCGCCGCGAGGUCCGUCGCGACCACGAUGAUGUGCGCACCGCCGGCUGGCAGUUCCGAGAGCGAGUGCGUAGCCUGCUAGGAGGCGCUCUGGACCGCAGCGAGAUCACGACAAUCCAGGCCCUGCUGGUCAUGACAAACUCGCUCUUUGCGCUGGGCGACGAGAGGAGCGCCGCCUGGCUAUACGCGGGCUUGGCUUUUCGGAUGAUCAUUGAUCUGGGGAUGCACGUAGACGCGCCCAAUCUGGGGGGCCCUCGCAAGUUCUCGGAUGAAGAUGUGGAGAUUAGGAGGAGGGUAUUUUGGGGUGCAUUCGUGGUUGACAAGAUCCAGAGUCUAUACCAGGGUCGUCCCGCUACUCUCAGGGAGUCUGACACAGCCGUGCCUAUCAAAUUUCUAGACACAUUCGAGGAACUGCAGAACUGGCAACCCUUUGCCUACUCCAUGGAAAAUAAGAGAUACAGUGGUAGCCCAGCCUACAGUGUGACAACCUUUACCUCCUUGUGCCGCUUGUCUGUGGUCAUGAGCGACAUACUUAGCUGUAUCUAUACCGAACGAACAUUUGACCAUAGCGCUGUCGAGCUGUGUGCCACGCUCGAAAACCUCAACUCGAAAUUGGUAGCGUGGAAGAAGGCCUUGCCAAAACACCUUGAUUUUGAUCCCAUAGACCCCACACAAAUCCCACCGCCACACGUCCUUAGUCUUCACGCCAUGUAUCACGUCCUCGCUAUCCUCCUCCACCGCCCCUUUGUUGCCGACGGCCACCUCUACAACACCUCCCGCUCAAUCUCGGUCAACUCGUUCAUCAUCUGCGCAUCUGCAGCUGAUAGCAUAGCUGCCCUGCUGAGAGCGUACGACCGGGCUUUCUCGGUGCGGCAUGCGCCGUAUCUCAUAUCCUACGCGACAUAUGUCGCCGCCACCAUCCAUGUGCGCAUCGCCGCCAAGCGCAGCACCGACUCGAAGGCCCGGGAGAACCUGGAAACCUGCCUGGGUGUGUUUAGGGACAACCAAAAGACGAACUGGGCUGUGAGGAGGGCCAACGCCAUCGUUGAAAGCCUGAUUAAGCGACUCGGAGUCGACCUCGCUGAUCCCAGGGGCGAGUCCAGCAGCGUCUCGCGAAGCCAACGCCGGUCAAGCCUGGCAGGUCCUGGUGUUCCAAGCACCCAGGUCACAGUCGGCUCAGCAAACCACGGCGAGACGGUGCAGCACUUCCGGCACCAGGGCCAUCAAGGACUGAACUUUUCCGACGAUGCAUCUCCCUCGACAGGCUGGUCGGACAUUGACGGCAUAAUCCAAAGUUUUGUUCGAGGUCAGGACAACAACAACGCUGAAGAUGCGAUGGGCCGUCCUGGCCCAGUUGAGGACCAGCCGGUGCAAUAUAGACCGCCAGCGGCUGCGACGUCAGGAGGGGUGAUGGGCUUCACUGGUGCGGAGCCAAGUCUCCCUUCCACGGAUGCGCGAUAUGGUACCGACGGACCCUCAGCCACCUGGGUGGGAUUGUUUCCCGAUGGGGCUGCAGUCUCUGGAGCCGCAACAUCUUUCGAUGAUCUGCUUUUUGGCUUCAACGGGUCCGCAUUGGACAGUUCUUUUGCUUAG